AGAAGUCAGCCAUAGCAGCAGUGGAUUGGACCCGACGCGCUCGUCAUCAUUCGGACAUCAUCGGCAGCAGCGCUAGCAGAGUACCGACGCAGAAGGGGAGGAAAAGAGCUUGGGCAUCCAUCGGCGAGAUUCAUUCGUUGUCAUACUUUGACAUCAGCGCAUCAGCGGUGGUGAAAAACAACACCUACCCACUCGACGUUUACCAGUGGUAGUGGUACCAGAAAGCGCAGCAGCAUCGGAAUCAAACGGCCCUUUUCAGGGCCAAGGUUACAGAGGAAGAUUUAGCCAUACAAACUACACUGUCUGGUUUCACUGAGGAGAGGAACAUUCGGAGUCCGGUCGCAGUAACAAAAGCAACCGGCCCUUUAUCAGGGCCACAGUUAAUUGAAAGUUUUCCAUUGUUACUGCUCUGUCCGGCGGCAACAGCAGCUAUCUCAGAUCCGAUUUCGGAUCGGAAUCUUCAGCAUCGGCACCGAAUCAUCAAAUACUUGGGCGGAUAACCAGUGUCAUAAUGACCCCCGGCUACGACAAUGGCGCGGCUGGUAGCAGCACACAGUCUCCAGAGAAAUUUAUCAAGAUAGUAAAACGAAGUGCGGCCAAAAAAGUAUCGGAAGAAUUGGCCAAAGUGAAAGCAGAGUUGGAAAAGACUCGUUUGGAGAAGGAAGAAUUAAGCCGGAUCCUGGCGGAUCGGGAUAAGGAGGAGAAUGAAUUUUGCCAAGCUAGAUCAAGCACGAUCCGGGAGGAGCACACUGCAGAUAAUGAGACAUUGCUCACGACAAUGAACAACAUGUCACUGAGCAGUCUCAAUAUUCCAGAGUGUGUUCCGACAGCAGGUGAAACGGAAUUGAAUAAACGUGACUACGACCAUUGGAAGAACGUUCUGAACGCCUCCAUGGACCUCAUACAAGCAGUUGAUGAGUCAACGAGGAUCAAUAUAUUUCGCAUUAAAGGCAGGUACAUUGCUGCUUGA